AGCGUAUUGCGUCACAUGACUUGUGUCAAGAGCGAGUUCACGCUUCGGAGUAGAAGCGAUCGAACCAUCAUGCGGAGUGUGCGCGAGGACUGAUUCGAGAAAGGGUUCUUUCUUUUUAAGUUCACUUCAAUAAUCGCUCAUUGACAGUCGGAUACAGCUUGGCUCGGAUUUCCGUCGAGAUUAUGGCAGAAUUAAAAACUUUAGGAUGGGCCGACUAUCUUGUUACAGCAGCUAUGCUGUGCAUAAGCAUUGGAAUUGGUAUUUAUUACAGAUUCAGCGGAGGACGUCAAAAAACUAUGGAGGAGUACUUUAUUGCAAGUCGAUCGAUGGGAAUUGUACCUGUUGCCAUUGCUUUAGUGGUUUCUUUCAUGUCGGCCAUCACCUUGCUUGGCGUAUCUGCUGAGAAUUACACAUAUGGAACACAAUUUGUUGUAAUAAACAUAUCAUAUUUAAUAGGCACUCCAAUUGUGUGCUAUGGAUUCUUACCAGUGUUCUUCAAAUUGCAAGCAACCAGCGCCUAUGAGUACUUAGAAAAACGUUUUGGAGUAAAAACUAGGAUGAUGGCUAGUUUUGUUUAUUGGAUUCAACUGCUUCUGUACUCAGGAGUGGUACUUUAUGCUCCUUCUUUAGCUUUGGAAGCAACAACCGGAAUUUCUAAGACUGCCAGUAUUAUUAUUAUUGGUCUCGUUUGCGCCUUUUAUUCGAGUAUAGGUGGCAUUAAGGCUGUGCUAAUAACUGAUGUAUUUCAAGCUUUACUCAUGUUUGCUGCUGUCUUUGUUAUUAUUGGUAUAGCUGCGAAUGAAGCAGGAGGUUUGGAACAGAUAUGGGAGAUAGCAAAGCAAGGACAACGAAUCGAGUUUGAUAGUAUUUCUGUGGAUCCAACAGUAAGACAUACCUGGUGGUCUCUUAUCAUAGGUGGUUUAUGUACAUUUUUAUCGAUUUAUGGAGUAAAUCAAGUACAAAUACAACGUACAUUAACUGUGAAGAAUUUACAGGCUUCACAACAAGCCUUGUGGUUGUCUUGGCCUAUUUUAUCAAUUCUUUCGAUCACAACUUGUUUCUCAGGAUUGUCAAUAUACAGUAAAUAUCACAACUGUGAUCCAUCUCUCCAGAAAAGGAUUUCUUCGCCUGACAUGCUUAUGCCACUAUAUGUCAUGGAUACGAUGUCCCAUAUACCUGGUUUGCCAGGUCUCUUUAUCGCAGGUAUCUUUAGCGCAGGGCUCAGCACAAUUUCUGCAGCAUUAAAUUCUUUGGCAGCAGUAACGUUAGAGGAUUACAUGAAACCUGCUUACAGAAUGUGUACAGGGCGUGAAUUCUCUCCCUCAAAGUCAACUUCCAUUGCUAAAAUACUUUCUUUUAUAUUUGGCAUUUUAUCCAUUGCUUUAGCAUUUUUUGCGCAAUUAUUGGGUGGAGUCCUUCAAGCUGGUUUAACCAUUUUUGGAGUAGUCGGUGGUCCAUUAUUGGGCGUUUUUACGCUUGGCAUGGGCACCGAAUCGGCAACAGAAGGCGGUACGAUAAUUAGUGCUCUCACGGCGCUUUCGUUUUUAUUUUGGAUCGCUUUCGGUCAACCACGCCCGAUGCCACCUACAUUAUCAACAACUAUUAACGGCUGUGAUAUGAACAAUACUCUUACGAAUGCAACAGUAUCCAUUGUACAAAACUUGGCAACAACUAUCGUAUUUUUUUUCAGAAGCACCGGCGACAGUUCGUACUUUUAUUUAUAUCGUAUUUCAUAUAUGUGGUAUGCUCCCCUUGGAUUUUUGAUAACAUUUAUCCUUGGUUUAAUUAUCAGUGGCCUAUCUCGUUUAUUUAUCAAAAAUCAAAAUAACAAAUUAGAUCCUAAUUUAUUCUUUCCCGUAAUAGCACGACGUAUAUGUUAUAGGCGACGUAACGAUGUAGAGAUCAAUGAUGUAGCAAAUUAUACGUUAGAAAGAAAGUAUUCUUUUAGCAAUAUGAUCCACAAGAGUAACAAAAUAGUAAUAUCUGCGAAAAUGCGGCGGCAUCUCUUCAUCCUGUUCCUCUUCCUGUCGGCCUCGUCCGCGGAGCAGCGACACGGCGUGAAAAGCAACGAGGAGUUGUGUCAAGAGGAGCAUCCCACUUUGCUCCAUUAUUUCUCAUGGGCGGAUUACACGGUGUUGGGCACAAUGCUGCUGAUCUCGUGUCUGAUCGGCACUUUCUACGGCUUCUUCGCCAAGAGGCAGGAGACCAGCCAGGACUUCCUGCUGGGCGGCUCCACCAUGGGCACGGUUCCCACGGCGAUGUCGCUGGCCGCUAGCUUCAUCACGGCCAUCGAGCUUCUAGGAAAUCCCGCGGAAAUGUACGGACAGGGUACUCAAUUCUGGAUGACUUGCCUCUCUUUCAUACUCGUGGUACCGAUCACCUCUAGUUUGUAUCUACCGGUGUUCAUGAAAUUAAGGUUGACUUCGAGCUACGAAUAUCUGCAUCUUCGCUUCGACAAGCGUUGCCGAUUGCUCGCGAGUGGAUUGUACAUGCUGCAAAUGGUGUUAUAUACAUCAGUGGCUGUAUAUGCGCCUGCAUUAGCAUUAAGUCACGUUACGGGCCUAAAUACUUACAUAGCCGUCACUCUAGUCUACGUAGUCUGCAUUUUUUAUGCCUCGCAGGGAGGUAUGAAAGCUGUAAUAAUGGCCGAUACUUUCCAAGCCGCUGUUCUCAUCGGCUCGUUGUUCCUUAUCUUGGGUUACGGAUUGUCAUGGGCUGGCGGAAGUGCGCUUAUUUGGCAGGAUAAUGUAAAAUCCGAUAGGAUAGAAUUCUUCAACAUGGAUCCCAGGCCUACAGUGCGACAUAGCUUCUGGAGUGUUGUCGUUGGAGGUACUUUCUACUGGGCCACCAUGUUCUGUAGCAAUCAAGCGUCCAUACAAAAGUAUCUCAGCGUCGAGAGCAUCUCUCAAGUAAGGAUAGCGCUGUGGGUGUCUUCGUUUGGCAUGAUCGUAAUUUAUAGCGUCAAUUUCCUGACUGGAAUGGUACUGUACAGCACUUACAAAGACUGUGAUCCUUUAACCGCCGGAUAUAUAAGCGAUCAGGAUCAAAUACUACCGCUGUACGUGAUGAAUUUUUUGGGGAGCCUUCGCGGAAUGCCCGGAUUCUUCGUAGCUGGUAUCUUCGCCGCGUCUCUUGGCACCGUAGCAAGCGCUCUGAACUCUUUAGCGGCGAUUACCUGCGAGGAUGUCUUCCGUGGACUCUUUAAUAUGGAUAUGCCGGCAAGUAGAGGCGCGGUUUACGCCAGAUGGAUUAGCAUAUUUUUCGGAGCUCUCAGUUUUGCGUUGGUCUUUGUCGUAGAACGGCUCGGUGGAGUUUUGCAGGUUGCACUAUCUUUCAAUGGCAUGGUGGGAGGAGUGACUUUGGGAUUAUUCUCAUUAGGCAUGUUUGUGCCAUGGGCUAAUGCUAAAGGAGCAAUAGUAGGUGCUAUCACAAGUCUAGUAGUCGUGCUAUGGAUCGGAUUAGGCGCCCAAGUUGCCGCUCUAAACGGACAGAUCCAAUUAGAUAGCAAACCCAUCUCAAUUGCGGGCUGCCCUUGCAUAAACGAAACCACAAUUAUCCUUAAUCAAUCCGAGAACAACGACGAAGCUUCGUCUAUAUACAAGACCAGCUACCUAUGGUAUAGUGCGAUCGGUUGUACUUUGACCAUGUUGGUGGGUCUGAUAGUGAGUUUUGCGACCGGCGCGCAGAAUCCUACCGACGUGGACCAGGAUUACCUCAGUCCGCCAAUCGCAGCUAUGUUCCGUAUACAAACGAAACCUCGCAUCACUACAAAUGUCCAGGGUAUCGCCAAUCUUAGCCUCGAGUUAGAAGACGAGAAGCAUCAACAAGCGGACGUUUGCAAGAGUCCGAAAGUCUGAAGAAGACGAUAUCAUGCAACCGGAAAAUAGAAAUCGAUAUAGUACAAGAAUAGUCAAAAUCUAGUUUAGCGAGCUUUUUUUCAGAAAAAAUUCAUUCUGAGAACAGAAGUUUGACAAGUGUAAAGACGAGGAAGAGUUCUGAUUAUCCUAAUUUGUUUUUUUUUUUAGACUUGUGGAUUGUCUGAAUUUGGAUUAGAAAAAGCUGGUUUUUGUAAAUUUGCCAAAUAUUGCCAGUCAAGGAAACACAAAAUUAGAUUUUUUUUAUAAUUAUACAAGAAAUACUCUACUUUUUAAUCGUGAAAUUGUUGGGAAUAUAAUCCCGAAUUUCUA